UGCCUGAACUCUUAUUUACAUCUGCGAUGUGAAACGCGCUGAGAGGAGAGGAGAGACAUUUUGUUUACGGCCGCUGACAAACUUAGUGAAAAGCCACCUGAGGAGAGAGAGAGAGAGAGAGAGAGAGAGAGAGAAGAGAGAGAGAGAGAGAGAGAGAGAGAGAGAGAGAGAGAGCAUAGCCCCCAUCAUUACAUAAUAAAGUGUCCGAGCAGGGCCGGUACAGACUGACACUCAGCUCUGACCGAUCAAACUUCUGUAAACUCUGUUUUUUUAGCGCAGACUCUGCAGAAUCGGCGCCUUUCCAGCUUUGCUCGCUUUGCUAAGAAACAAUGUAGAAAGAGGCGCCCAAAGCCGAACGGAGAGAGUGUUGCCCCCCGUGGACAUGAGGACAGGGUCCCAGCUCGCUGAACGGAGACUCUUCUCGGCCUAAAUGUUUCCUCAGCUUGACAAGUCGGAGUAGAAUCGCAUAAAUAAGACCAGUCAGCUCCUGAUCGUAAGCCAUGACUUCGGCCACUCCCCCUUCCUCACGGAGCUCCUCCCCGCAGAAGGUGUGUCACUCCCAAACACAGACGGAGGUUCUGAAGCCACUGCUGGGUGGAGGAGGUGGAGCUACGGCAGGGGGCGGUCCUGCAGCGUUGAGGAGGCGUCGGCGUGUGCUCUCGAAAGAUGGGCGGAGCAACGUUCGCAUUGAGCACGUCAGCGGCCGGGGUGCUCUCUACCUGCGUGACCUCUGGACAACCUUUCUGGACAUGCAGUGGCGCUACAAGCUCUUCCUUUUCUCAGCCACCUUUGCUGGCACGUGGUUUGUCUUUGGGGUGCUGUGGUACCUGGUGGCUCUGGUCCAUGGAGACCUACUAGAGUUUGACCCGCCCUCCAACCACACCCCCUGCGUGAUGCAGGUCCAGACGCUGACGGGGGCUUUUCUCUUCUCGCUGGAGUCACAGACCACCAUUGGCUAUGGCUUCCGUUGCAUCACUGAGGAAUGUCCAGUUGCCAUCAUCCUUCUCAUCGUGCAGCUAGUCAUCACUAUGGUGAUGGAGAUCUUCAUCACAGGAACCUUUUUGGCUAAGGUGGCUCGACCGAAGAAGCGAGGCGAGACAGUGAAGUUCAGUCAGCAUGCUGUCGUGGCCAAUCAUGAAGGACGACCGUGUCUCAUGAUUCGUGUUGCCAACAUGCGCAAGAGCCUGCUUUUAGGCUGUCAGGUAACAGGUAAGCUGCUGCAGACGUCUCUGACUAAAGAGGGUGAGACGGUACGCCUGGACCAAAGGAACGUGGCCUUCCAAGUGGACACAUCCAGCGACAGCCCCUUCCUCAUUCUCCCCCUCACCUUCUACCAUGUCAUCGAUGACAGCAGUCCUCUUCGUGCCUGGGCUGCAAAAGGUGGUGGGUGGACAGAUCCUGAGCUGGCGGAUUUUGAGCUUUUGGUGAUAAUGAGUGCCACGGUGGAGCCCACCUCAGCCACCUGCCAGGUGCGCACCUCCUAUCUGCCUGAUGAGAUCCUGUGGGGAUACGAGUUCCCACCCGUCGUCUCGCUCUCUCCCUCUGGAAAGUAUGUAGCUGAUUUUGCCUUCUUCGACAAGGUUGCCAAGACUAAGACCCCACCACUCUUUAAACAAGCCCCGCCUCCAAGCCCCCAGACACCCCGUUACCAAGGCAGCGAAGGAGGAGGAGGUGGAACUGUGGGGUCGGACCCUGAGAAGAUGAGGCUGGAGGAGAGCUACCGGGAGGAAAAGGGGCGGGACAGGGGCCGAAUCCGAGACAGCAGCCCACUUAGCGUUCGCAUUAGCAAUGUGUAAUUAGAGAGGGCGAGAGAGAUACAGAGAUAGUGAUUAAAACAGAAAAGAAAAAGAUUUUAUAUCAGCCAUGUUUUUUUGUUGAAGUAAACUUACCCUUCCUUUUAGACUGUGUGCCAGUAAAAUACACUAUAUGUCCAAAAGUUUGUAGACGCCUGCACAUCCAAUGUUUCUUCUGAAUUUAAGGGUAUUAAUAGGG